ACCCAAAAACAAACACAAACACAAAACAAACCGGAUGUCGCCGCUUCUCUCGCUUCCCCCUUAUAAACACCCCAUCUCCUCAAACUCACACAAUUGUUCAAGUUCAAAUUCAAACUCAAAUUCAAAUUCAAAUUCAAAUUCAAAUUCACAAUUCACAAUUCACAAUUUUGAUUUCUGGUUGUCAAAAUGGAGCAGAAGGGGCUGCUGCUGUCGGCGUUGAGCGUGGGGGUGGGCGUGGGCGUGGGGCUGGGAUUGGCCACCGGCCAGAGCGUCGGAAAAUGGUCCGCCGCUUCCUCCGCCGCCCUCAUCACCGCCGACAAACUCGAACAGGAAAUGCUUAAACAGAUUGUCGAUGGCCGACAAAGCAAGGUCACUUUUGAUGAUUUCCCCUAUUAUCUCAGUGAACAGACACGAGUUCUAUUGACAAGUGCUGCGUACGUCCAUUUGAAACAUGCUGAAGUUUCAAAGUUCACUCGAAAUCUCUCUCCUGCAAGUCGAGCCAUUUUGCUCUCUGGACCUGCUGAACUUUACCAACAAAUGCUUGCCAAGGCAUUGGCCCACUACUUUGAAGCCAAGCUGUUGCUUUUGGAUAUCACUGACUUUUCUCUAAAGAUCCAGGGCAAAUAUGGCACUGCAGUCAAAGAACAUGGUUUUAAAAGGUCUACUUCAGAGUCAACAUUGGAGAGAUUGUCUGGCUUGUUUGGAUCAUUUUCUAUCCUUCCACCCAGGGAACAACAAAAAAUAGGUUCAUUGCGAAGGCAAAGUAGUGGUGUGGAACUUUCAUCAUGGGGAAUGGAAGGAUCUUCCAGUCUUCCGAAACUUCGAAGAAAUGCCUCGGCCUCGGCUAACAUCAAUAACCUUGCAACACACUGCAAUGUUGAGAAGCCAGCUCCCCUUAAGCGCACGAGCAGCUGGUCCUUUGAGGAGAAACUUCUUAUACAGUCUCUGUAUAAGGUUCUUCUAUACGUGUCGAAAGCGAGUCCGAUUGUUUUAUAUCUUCGUGACGUAGAUAGGUUCUUAUCCAAGUCAAAUAGGGUGUACAACUUGUUCCAGAAAAUGCUUCAGAAACUAUCUGGAUCGAUUUUGAUUCUUGGUUCAAGAACUAUUGACUCGAGCAAUGAUUAUAUGGAGGUGGACGAGAGGCUUUCUGCUCUUUUUCCUUAUAACAUCGAGAUCAGGCCACCCGAUGAUGAAUCUCAUCAUGUCAGCUGGAAGUCCCAAUUGGAAGAGGAUAUGAAGACGAUCAAGGUUCAGGACAACAGAAACCAUAUCACGGAAGUUCUUUCAGCGAAUGAUCUCGACUGUGACGAUCUCGAUUCGAUCUGUGUUGCUGAUACCAUGGUUCUCAGUAACUACAUAGAAGAGAUUGUGGUGUCUGCCAUUUCUUAUCAUCUAAUGAACAACAAGGAUCCUGAAUACCGAAACGGAAAACUGAUCAUUUCAAGCAAGAGUUUGUCCCAUGGAUUGAACAUAUUCCAGACAGGAAAAUCCAAUGGCAAAAACACUAUAAAGCUUGAAGCACAAGCCGAAGCAUCGAAGGACUCAGGACUGAUGAAAACCGAAGCGAAAGCUGAUACCGCGGCUCCCGAAAACAAAAGCGAAACGGCAUCUACUACAGUGCCAAAAACCGAGGGAGAGAUAGCUGUUCCAGCUGCAAAAGCUCCUGAAGUUCCACCAGACAACGAGUUCGAGAAACGCAUUAGGCCUGAAGUCAUACCAGCGAACGAGAUUGGUGUUACAUUUGCUGAUAUUGGGGCCAUGGAAGAGACAAAAGAAUCCCUUCAGGAACUCGUAAUGCUUCCUCUCCGGAGGCCGGAUCUAUUUCUCGGAGGGCUGUUAAAGCCCUGCAGGGGCAUAUUGUUGUUUGGACCGCCCGGAACUGGAAAGACUAUGUUAGCCAAGGCCAUAGCCAGAGAAGCCGGAGCAAGCUUCAUUAAUGUAUCAAUGUCUACCAUAACUUCCAAAUGGUUUGGAGAAGACGAGAAAAACGUCCGUGCUUUAUUCACGUUGGCCGCCAAAGUGUCUCCCACCAUUAUAUUCGUAGACGAGGUAGAUAGCAUGCUCGGGCAGCGGACGAGAGUAGGCGAGCAUGAGGCAAUGAGGAAGAUAAAGAACGAGUUCAUGACUCAUUGGGAUGGACUCUUGACAAAGCCAGGGGAGGGCGUGCUCGUUCUAGCAGCAACAAAUAGGCCAUUCGACCUCGAUGAAGCCAUCAUACGGCGUUUUGAGAGAAGAAUACUGGUGGGGUUACCAACAGCAGAAAAUAGAGAAAUGAUACUGAGAACUCUUUUGGCAAAAGAAAAGGUGGAAGAAGGACUGGACAUGAAGGAGCUUGCAACAAUGACAGAAGGAUAUAGUGGAAGUGAUCUCAAGAACUUCUGCAUGACAGCUGCGUAUCGACCUGUUCGCGAAUUAAUUCAGCAAGAACGACUAAAGGAUCUUGAGAAAAAACGAAGAGCUGCUGAAGGACAGAAUGCAGCAGGGGAUGCAGCAGCAGGGGAAAGCAAAGAAGAAAGAGUAAUCACUCUCAGAGCACUAAAUUUGGAGGACUUCAGACUAGCAAAGAAUCAGGUUGCAGCCAGUUUUGCAGCAGAAGGGGCAAUGAUGAGUGAGUUGAAGCAAUGGAAUGACUUAUAUGGGGAAGGUGGAUCAAGAAAGAAGCAACAGUUGACAUAUUUCCUGUGAGCUUAGGCCAUGGAUGGAUUAUACAUUAAAAUGGGCUAUAAUUUUCCCUUCAAAACAUGAAGAUUAUGUUGUAAGUUUUAGGGGUUAUUUUUUUUUGUUUUUUCUUUCUUUUAUGUGAGGAAGCUGUGUUUGUGUAAAUAUGAGGAAAAUGGUUUGUAUGAUGUGUUGGAAAGUUUGAUUUGUUCCAUUUGUGUGGGGCUGGGCAGUGGGCUGUGUUGUGGGGAUUACAUAGGCAGCUAGUUUCUUUGUAUGGGCUGGUGCUGUUCUAACAGCAAAAACAAGCAAGCCUAUUUUUACUUUUAGUUGUGAUUUCACUAUCUUUCAAUAUUUUGUAUGAAA